AUAACAAAACAAAGUCCGGACGCGCUGUAUUGAUAAGAGGAAGUACAAUCAUUCAAGUUGCCCGAAAGACAUGUCGCUUACUGGACGGAUUUGUAUAGUGACUGGUGCGUCCCGGGGGUUGGGCAAGGGGAUAGCUCUACAGCUGGGGGAGGCCGGCGCUACCAUAUACAUCACAGGUAAGUUUUUAAAAAAAAUCAAAUUUUCCAUUCGCACAGUGUAAACAGUCUUUAAAUAGGUCAUGCGAUAAAAAUAUUUGUCAACACAUGUAGAAGUUUGACAUUGUCAAAUAGACGCAGAAAGUAAUAUAUUUUGAUACUAUCGUAGCUAAUCUGAUCAUGGCAUUUGCAGCAAAUUUCAAGGACCUAAAUCAAUCAUCUUAAAUGUUGACUUGUUCUUGAAACACUGAUAUUCUGCUUUUAAUAAAUAAAAAAAAAAUAAUAUGACAAUACAUGCAGUUUUAGAUUGUACUAUUUGCGGAAACUACAUUAUAUAGUCAGCGUCUCAUUUCACUUCAGAGUACGCAAAACGCGUCGAACUUUACGAGUUCCGUUUUCUUCAUUAUUGAUUAUUGUUAAAAGAAUAAGUUUUAGGAGUGCUCAUAUUGUACCUUCUCUUAUCAAUUACAUGUGUACAUCCAAUGCGGUAUACAACUACUCGCUUACAUGCCACGAAGCACAGGAAGAACGCUAACAGGACGUCCGGGAGACCCCAUAGGCGGAUCGCUGACUACCACAGCUAAUGAGAUUGAAUCAAGAGGAGGAAAAUGUAUCCCCGUGCAAUGCGAUCACUCCAAAGACGAAGACGUUGCCGCACUCUUUGAAAGAGUCAAGACUGAACAAAAUGGCCGACUUGACCUUCUCGUCAAUAACGCUUAUGCUGCUGUUAACGCAAUAUCUGAAAAUUUGGGGAAACCUUUCUGGGAACAACCGCUGUCGAUAUGGGAUACAGUAAACAACGUUGGAUUAAGAAACCAUUACAUGUGCACUGUGCAUGCAGCGAAAAUAAUGGUUCCACAAAAGCACGGUCUGAUCGUUAACGUUUCAUCAGCGGGCGGUCUGUCGUAUCUCUUCAACGUGGCCUAUGGCAUUGGAAAGGAAGCGUGUGACAGAAUGGCAGCAGAUUGUGCAGUGGAACUCAGAAAACACAAUGUGGCGUUUGUGAGCCUUUGGCCCGGGCCUGUAAUGACUGAGCACGUGGACCAGGUGCUCCAAACCAGCAAAAGUGAAAAACAGAAACAACUCUUUGACGGUGCUGAAUCAGUGGAAUUUGCUGGGAAGUGCAUAGUCGCGUUGGCAAAAGAUACAAACAUCAUGAGCAAAUCUGGGAGGAUAUUAAUGACUCCCGAGUUAGGCUUAGAAUACAAUCUACGGGAUGUUGAUGGUCGUGUUAUAAACAGCAUGAGACAAAUCAAUUGGAUAUUAGGACGCAAUCCAAACACUGCCUGGGUUCAAAAAUGGCUUCCGAAUUUUAUACGGUUACCCUUUUGGAUGUUUGCAUUGAGAGGGAGCAAAUUCUAAGAACAUCUUUAUCCUCGCGUUGCCAUAUAACACACUCAGAUCUCUAGCAGUUCAGCAAACGGAACGCCAAUCUCCUCGAUUGUACAGUGAUAUUUAUACCCACAACUUUUUUAAUUAUUUAAAUCCAUGAUACAUAUUAUGUUAAGACUUUUCCAAAACUUGUUUUUGUUGCUACAUGUGUUGAAAUGAAACCUUAAAACUAAGUGAUGUGAGAUUGUGUCAUUUAUUGACCAAAUAAAUUACAAAGAGAAAA